UCCAUCUAAAUAGAUUGAGAAAUACUGAAAAGUUAAAUUUCUAAUUAAAUGUUAUACGUAGUAUUCCAGUACAUUAUUUGUUGUCAUUGGUGUUACUUUUUCUUGUUGAGACACCGGGUCUGGACGCUGCGCAACCCGAUCCACGGCUCUAUAUAGUCGCAACCUUGGUUUUACACAAUUUUCAUACAAUACCAGUUGGACUCAGUAUCUACUAGUAUAAAAACUUAUUGGCUAGUGGUACAGGUAUCAGUCAUUUGUUUAGUUUUCAUCGGUUCUGAACGGCAGGAACAUGAAAGCUUUUGUGUUUAUUUGCGUCGCAUUAGCGGCGCUGGCGUAUGUCAGUUGUCGUGAAGUAUCUCGUGUGAGGAGAGAUGCGGAUUUAGAGUCAGCUGCCAGCCACCAUGGUGGUAAAUGGGACAAGGGCGGUGGCCAUGAGCAUCAUCACCAUCACCAUCACGAUCACGGUGAGAAGGGCCACAAGGGUUAUAAGGGUCACCACCAUCAUGAACACGGGAAGAAGGGUCAUCAUCAUCACGAAGGGCACAAGGGACACCAUGAUGAGCAUGGCGGGCAUAAGAAACAUCACCAUCACGACGAAGGUCAUCAUCACGAACACCACCAUGGCGAGAAAGGACAUAAAGGUCAUGGUCACCAUGAAGAAGGUCAUUAUCAUAAGGGUCAUUCUACUAAAGGCCAUCACGGGGUUCAUAAGCAUGAUGAGUUCAAGAAGGAAAAACAUUUCCACGAUCACCACCACGAAGGCGGUCACCACGAGCACCACGGUGGGCAUCACGAGGAGCACGGGCAUAAGAAGGGAGGUGGAUUCCACAAAGGUCAUAAGCACGGUGGCCAUCAUCAUCAUGAGCAUGGCAAGAAGGGUCACCACGAGAAGGGCGGUCACCAUCACGAUCAUAAGGGACAUCAUGAUGAGGGCGGUCACCAUGAACAUCAUCAUCACCAUCAUGAUCAUGGGAAGAAAGGUGGUCACGAGGAUCACAAGCACUGGGGACACAAAAAGGGCCACUAAGCCUUCCUUCGAUUCCCAUCGACGCCUGUUUAUUAGGCCUAUGUAUAGGUUUAUCUAAUUAAGCUUACGUCGUUUAAGUGUUAUUGUUUUUAUUGACUGUGAUGA